AUGGCGCCACCUGUUUGCACCAAAACUUUUAAGUUGAACAAUGGCCUCGAUUUUCCGGCCGUCGGUCUGGGUACCUGGCAAGGCAAGCAAGCCCCAUUGCGAACGGAUGAUUCCAAGGCCCUGGAGGAGUCCAUUAUCCAUGCGUUGAAGGUCGGCUACCGCCACAUUGACACCGCGCAGCUUUACGGCGUAGAGGAGGUCGUGGGCAGGGCCAUCCGUAACAGCGGCGUCCCCCGCUCCGAGAUCAUCGUAGUCACCAAAUUUUGGGGCAACUGGCACCACGACCCGGCCAAGGCGCUCCAGAUUUCGCUGGACACUCUCGGGCUUGAUUACAUUGACGUCUUCCUCAUGCAUUGGCCAUGGGCCACAACCCCUGCUCCGGAGAUGAAGGUUCUCAAGAAGUGGGAGAGCCCAACCUUUAUUGAGACGUGGAAGAUGAUGGAGCCGCUGGUUGGUGAGAAGUGCAGGGCCAUUGGUGUGAGCAACUUUAUGCCUAAGGUCAUGGAUGAGCUGCUUGCAGAGGCCAAGAUUGUGCCGGCCAUUAACCAGGUCGAGCUGCAUGCUUUCAACCCCAACCUGAAUCUGGUGCCCUACUGCCAGGAAAAGGGUAUUGUUGUCACCAGCUGGAGCACACUGGGGGGCUCGAGCGCGGCGCAAAACGAAAUCCUUACCCACGAGCUCUUCACCAGCAUUGCCAAGGCCCACGACGUCUCUACCGGCGUGGUCUCGCUGUCCUGGGCGGUACAGCGAGGCAUUGCGGUCAUCCCAAAGAGCGCAAACAAGGCCCGCAUCGAAGAGAACAUCCGUCUCGUCACUCUCACCGACGAGGAGAUGCGCAAAAUCAACGAGGCACACAAGACGAUCAAGAGGGAGAGAUUAUCUAACAACAUUGCAUCGCAACACAUGGAGAUUGACGGUAAGAUGACGCAACAGGGUUGGACUUACGUUGAUAUGGGCUACGAAGACGAGAAUGGCAACUGGUUAGCGUGA